CAUCUUCUAACCAGCUAGCCUGCUAAUAUUUUACUACAGUUUUCCAAGUUUGAUAACAACUGUUGGUCAAAAAGUAGCACCUAAAACAGUAAAAGCGAUUGCUGAACUGUAAUAUAUUAUACCCGAUUUUCGUGUAAAAACACUCAAUUCAUUUCUGGGUAUUUUUUUCUUAAAGACGUGAAAGUUGUGCACUGCCUGGCUGACUGAGGCAAGAGCGCCGAUAUGACGUCACAAGGCGGGGUCAUGUGAAGGUCAGUUCACGCAGAGUUCAUCGGCACAAAUACAACUCCUGCAAUCAAGCAGCCUGCUGUUCCACAAGUGGAUCGAACCGGGACAACCUCGUCGUCGUCCACUUGUGAUACGCUCCAUGGCACGCUGACGCCACAAGAACCAGUUUCCCACUCCCCCUCGUCGUUAAACGGAUCCAAUCCAUCAUGUUCGACUACGUGGACUUCCAAGUGUUCGGUACCGGACAGACGGCUCCUGUGUGCGCGGAAAGCUCAGACUGCAUGUACGAGCAGGAGCGGCGGUGUGCAGUCGAUUUUCCGGAGCUCUUCCUCGGCCACUGGCAGUGCAUUGGAAGCCAUAGCUCCGCCUCUAGCCUAGACGAUCCCUUCACAGGCUCCGCCCCCUCACCGCCGCCACCCCCCCGCACCUACAAGCCGUGCUUUGUGUGCCAGGAUAAGUCUUCAGGAUACCACUAUGGCGUCAGCGCCUGCGAAGGCUGCAAGGGCUUCUUCCGCCGCAGCGUGCAGAAAAAGAUGGUGUACACGUGCCACCGGGACAGGAAGUGCAUCAUUAACAAGGUGACCAGGAACCGCUGUCAGUAUUGUCGUCUGCAGAAGUGCUUUGCUGUGGGAAUGUCUCAAGAGUCGGUAAGGAAUGACAGAAACAGGCGCAAGGAGAAGAAGGAGGAGCCAAAGAUGUCCAUUGCAGAAACAUACGAGAUGACGGCCGAGCUGGAUAUCAUCGUGGAGAAGAUCUGCAGGGCCCACAGAGACACCUUCCCCUCCCUUUGCCAGCUGGGGAAAUACACCACAAACUCCAGCUCGGACCACAGAGUCCAGCUGGACCUGGGCUUGUGGGACAAGUUCAGCGAGCUGGCCACCAAGUGCAUCAUCAAGGUGGUGGAGUUUGCCAAGCGAGUGCCGGGCUUCACGAGCCUCACCAUGGCCGAUCAGAUCACUCUACUCCGGGCCGCCUGUCUGGACAUGCUGAUUUUGAGGAUUUGCACUCGCUACACCCCUGAGAAGGACACCAUGACCUUCUCCGACGGCUUGACCCUGACCCGCACGCAGAUCCACAACGCAGGGUUCGGGCCUCUGACAGAUCAGGUGUUCACGUUCGCCGGCCAGCUGCUGCCGCUGCAGAUGGACGACACAGAGAGCGGCCUCCUCAGCGCCAUCUGCCUCGUCUCUGGAGAUCGUCAGGACCUGAAGGAGCCAUCCAAGGUGGAGGUGCUGCAGGAGCCGCUGCUGGAAGCACUGAAGAUCUACUCUCGCAAGCGGCGGCCCAGCAUGCCUCUCAUGUUUCCCAGGGCCCUCAUGAAGAUCACCGACCUGCGCAGCAUCAGCGCUAAAGGGGCGGAGCGAGUGGUGACCUUGAAGAUGGAGAUCCCGGGCGCCAUGCCGCCUCUGAUAGAGGAGAUGCUGGAAGACCUGCAGAACCUGGACAAAGACCAGAACGAACUCUCGGAGAGCCGAGGAGCGCGGUCGUACACGUCGCCUCCUCACUGCUCCUACACCUCCACUUCUUCUUGUCCUGUAAAGAUCUAACUACUCUAUUUCUAGGAGCUCUGUCCACCUUCGGAUGCUUCCAACUGUAUUUAUAUUGCUGAGAUAUCUCAUGGAUUUCUUUUACCUCAUCAAAUAACCAUAAGACCCAAGCAGGAGUACAGCGGUGUCCUUCAAAGGGGUGUCCAAACUUUUUCCAGAGAGCCACAAAGAUAAGGUGGGGCCACUUUGAUGUAUUUUGUACAUUAAAACUCUCUUAAUGUCAAUUAAUAUACUGUAUUCUCAACUAUGAAAGCAAAUGAGUGUAAUAUCUCAGUGAUUCCCAUUCAUAUAUAUUGGUGGUGGCCCGCCACAAAUACAUUUCCCGCCACCUGUACCGCCAUGCUCAUAAACACACAAGGCACCUGGCCUGCCAGAGAAUAAGAAGAUGGAGUAGGAGGCAUCAGUCUCGAAUCUGGUCACGGGUCUUAUGACUCCCCCUUAUGCUCCCCCAUCUGAAAGCACGCCAAGCUGCUCCAUUUUGUUUGCUACAUUAAAAACAAUAACAAAGAGAAGCGACUGAAGAAAGUUGCUUUGUAUUUCUAAACAUAUGUUUUGCUUUCUAUGUUUUUUCAUGCAAAUUAUGCAAAUUUUACCAUUACUUUAUUACCUCAUCCUGCACAUUUAUCCCUGACUUGCAAUGUAUGGCUCUUCUUAAUGAGCAGUUGCUGGGGUCCGCUCUUUCAUUGGCUCAAUUUUCAAAUGUUAUGUUUAUAAUGGCGGCACGGCGGUCUAGUGGUUAGCGCGCAGCUAGGAGACCAGGGUUCAAUUCCACCCUCGGCCAUCUCUGUGUGGAGUUUGCAUGUUCUCCCCGUGCAUGCGUGGGUUUUCUCCGGGUACUCUGGUUUCCUCCCACAUUCCAAAAACAUGCUAGGUUAAUUGGCGACUCCAAAUUGUCCAUAGGUAUGAAUGUGAGUGUGAAUGGUUGUUUGUCUAUAUGUGCUCUGUGAUAGACAGCUGGGAUAGGCUCCAGCACCCCCCGCAACCCUCGUGAGGAAAAAGCGGUAGAAAAUGAAUGAAUGAAUGAAUUGAAUGUUUAUAAUUUUUUUUAAAAAAAUUACAUAUAUUUUUAUUUAUUGAUUUUUUUGUCCGAUGGGCCCCACUUUGGACACCCCUGGUCUACAUGAACGUACGCCACAGUACUGCUAAGGAUCCAAUAGUGUACUUAUGACGUCACACCACUCAAGUUGCUGAUCCCGCUUACACACCCACCCACACACACACACACACACACACACACUAGGACUGCACUGGACGGGAAUAGCACCAGCACCUGGCGUGAGGACGGCCAUCCACGUCCAAUAAUGUAACGCUUGUCAUAGGAUAAACAUAAGUAAUGUGUAAGCGAGGUUCCUAACUCCCUGCCACGUGGCCUCAAGCACACGUUAGAACACGUGUGUGAAGACGUCACGUGCGCUCGCACUUUUAGGCUAACAAGCACUGCAUGUAUCAUGAAAUCUUUGCACUUUGUAACAUUUACCCUCAUUGAACAUGUGCUACACUUGAAGUAGUCGUUCUUAUUCAUCUUCUUACCGGAAAUAAUGUUGACCACACACCGCUAGCCGACUCUUCAAUGCCUUAACGAGUGUUUACAAGCUGGUAAGUUUACAUGAAACUCUAGAUUGUUUUGUUUCAAGGUUCGUUGGCUCAUGCUACAUUGCUGAGUGUCGCAGUACUGUCACCAUGACAACCUCUAACAACAAUUCAAGCCUCUUCUGUGUAUGUUUAAUGUGUGAUAUGUACUUUUUCAUUAAAAUAUUAAACACCGCUGCUGACCCAUGCCUGGCUACAUUCAAUACUUGUGCUUAAACGAAGCAUGGGUUUACACUGCCCUCGGCUGGUGGGAUUACG